UACACUGCCCCUCGCAGCAUAUAAAUCGAAGAAGGGUGGCAAAGUGUCACAGUGUGUUUAUUGCGUCGUGCAUUAACAGAGUGCUACCCGACAGAGGUGCAACAUGUUUCGUUUCCUGAUUGUUCUUGCCCUUUGCGGCCAUCUUGCUCAUGCAACCGCCAUUCCAAGUGAGACAAGUUCACGGACUACUACAACAGAGAGAUAUGUAACAGCUACAGUUAAAUCCACUGAGACAGUUGAUGGUGGCUGGUCAUCUUACACAGACGCAUUGGAGGCUUUGAGUAAGGUGAAAGAAUGGUUUGGUGAAGCUUAUGCCAGCAUCCGAGAUAGAGUCAAUGGGUUAAGACAUGGAGAUGCAGAAGUACCCACCCCACUCUACAAGGAUCUUUGCACUGCUGAUAUACCCUUUGGGUAUGAAGCCAGGAGUUAUAAUGACUCUGUAUGGGCGACUGUAAUAAAUGUGUGGUCUGGUGAAGAUGCAGUCUCGUAUGCCACGACUAAACUGCAAGAAUACUUCAGUGGGAGAAAUGACCAAAAUUUGAACAUCAACAUGACCACACCCCUCCGAACUACACGCCCUCGGUCUGAUAAUGAGAGUACAGUCUCUAGUUAUUCUCUAUAUUUGCCCCGUGAAUGGCAUGACAACCCUCCCCAGCCCGUUGACGGAGAGGUGGUUUUACAGAGAGAGCCAGCCACAAGAUACUUUGUAAAGACGUUUUCGAGCCACAUUUCAUCCCUUAAUUCGCAAGAGUUGUCUUUGCUGGAGACCCUGUUGAACCAACGCAGGGAGCAGUUUGUUGGCGAUCAGUUUUCCAUUAAUGUCUAUGAUCCGAGUUCCAACCGUCCCAAUGAGGUCAUGCUGAAGAUGAAACCUUCUGUUGUGGAACCAACUUGCAAGGUGACCCUCUCUGACCUCAAGCUACUGGACGAGGAGGAGCCCCAAUAUGUGCAACUAUGCGAGGACGACGAUGAUUAUGAGGCGAGGAUGUAUUUCAGGGCAGCGUGGGUCUCAACCACCGUCAACUCACUGUCACCUCAACUGGCAGAAUUAACUGCUCUACCUUUGCUGGAUAAAUACUUCGACAGAUACAACAGUUAUGGUGCCUUGAUUCCCAAGACCGAGCCGGUCCGUUUGACCAAGGCCUGGCCGACCUCAGCCCCCGUCCCUGGAAGCUCUCAGGACUACACCUUCUCUUACUUUAUACCGUUCGAUCCAGCCCACGCCAUCCCCCAGCCUUUGGACAAUAAUGUGAUUCUUCUUGAUGAGCCAGCCUCGACUAUCUUUGCUAUGAGUUUCAGCAGUUUUAGCUUUAACCCCUACAACACUGAACGACUUCAGGAGCUCAGGAGUUAUUUGGAUGAAGAAGGGGAGGAUUACGCAAUCUCAGAGCCUUUCGCCUUCGAGUUUUACAGUUCGAAAUCCUUUCUGUUUCACUACAGCGAAGUGCUGGUGCGCAUGGGCUCAAGAGAUAAGCAGCCCAGAUGCAUCAAAGAUUCCAUUCCUCCAUGCUUCCACAGAGGAAAACACUGUCCUAGUUAUCGAAUCAUGGAGACAUUCAAUGGAAACAUUGAGCAUCGCCACUUGGCUGGAAGUCUUUACGUGAUGAAGAGGACUCACACCUGCAUCAUGGACGAUGCAUACGAUGAUGCGUAUAUGCUGCUUCAUCGUUACUUCUACGGACAGAACAGCAAGCAAGAGCAUAUGACACGAACCACACCAGUUAUCCUGGUCCACAAAUCAACAGAGAGCCCUCCAACUGGGUGUGACUUCACCUACAAUCUCAUGUUCUACCUGCCACCCGACCAACAUCAUGACCCCCCAGAACCCACCGAGGAUGGUGUUGAAUUUCUUAGACAUGAAUCCAAGGAAACCUAUGCCAUCACAUUUACCAACUCGACAAAUAUUGAUGCUAAGGAGGAGGAGCUUCGCACUGAACUGGACAAACGGGGACUCUGUUACAGCACUGAUGAAUUCUUCAUUGCAACUUACGAUGCACCAUGGAGACAAGGACCCCAUCGCUUUGAAAUUUGGAUCUCACAAGCAAUGUGCACUGCCUCACCAAGUCUGCAAGGCCAUGAUAACAACAUGGUUGACAUUCAGUCUUCUUCAGAAGACGACACGGAUGACAGCCAGUCUUCCGAAGACGACACAUGGUGGGGUUGAGUAGCAGUAAUCACAAACAACAAACAAACAACUGUAAACAAUCAGAACGAAUAAACGAACAAACUCUUCACCUUCAAUGAAUAUUUUGAAUCAUUUUAAAAGAUGUUUUAAACUGACACUAUUUACACAGCCAUUUAACAAAGAUGUAGAACUCUGGUAUAUAGGUAAUGAGUAAUUCUGCUUAGUCAAAUUUCCAUUUGCUUGGCAAGUUGUUGUACCUGCAAUGCCAAUUCCAUAUAAUUGUAUAAAGCAUUUAGCAGUGUUCAAUGCUUUGAUUAUUUGAAAUUUGACUGUACAUGUACUUGGACUUUACAAAGAAACUUUCGUUGAGUUAAAAUUUCAAUUUAUCGUGCUUUUAAAGACACUGGACACUGUUGGUAAUUGUCAAAGACCA